UAAUACCUCCGGCGAGACCAUUCCAGGCUCCAGUAUCCUCCACUUCACACCUGCUCGCUAUCACACAGCCAAUUGCUCUCGACACCAACCACUUCUUCUUCUUCACCAUGUCGAACGGCACCGAGAAGCAAGCCCAGGCGGCGGCGGCGGCCCAGCAGCAGAGGCCCCCGGCGGUGUCCGCGGAGAUGCAGAAGGUGUUCUCCCGCUUCGACGCGGACGGCGACGGCCGGAUCUCCCCCUCGGAGCUGGCCGCGGUCUCGCGCGCCAUCUCCCCGCCGCCGAGCUCCUCGCACGGCGGCCGCGAGGUGGCCGCCAUGAUGGACGAGCUCGACGCCGACCGCGACGGCUACGUGGACCUCGGCGAGUUCGCGGCGUUCCACGCGCGCGCCGCCGGCCGCGGGGACGGCGAGCUCGAGGCCGAGCUCCGCGCCGCCUUCGACGUCUACGACGUCGACGGCGACGGCCGCAUCACGGCCGCCGAGCUCGGCAAGGUGCUCGCGCAGAUCGGGGAGGGCUGCAGCGCCGAGGAGUGCGAGCGGAUGAUCGCCAGCGUCGACGGCGACGGCGACGGGUGCGUCGGGUUCGAGGAGUUCAAGAAGAUGAUGGCGCCCCAACCCCAAGGCAGCGCCGCCGACGCCGCCGCGCCCGGCGGCGGCCUCCCUGACAAGGCCAAGAAGGAGUGAGCAGUUACAUAUGUAGCCAGGGGGAAGUGCUGGAGUGCCUCUAGAAUUAUUUUCACCUAGAGUAAACGCUCCCCCGUAAUGUUAUUAGGAAUAAAAAUCCUCCAUGACUUAUAUAUAACUCCCGUUAUAUAUUGUGGUGUACAUUUAUCUGCAUCGAUUGAUUUUCUGAACCAGACCUGUUUGGUUUGAUUUUUU